AUGAACUGCAGGCGAUGCCACCCAGAGCCGCUCGCCUUCUCUCAGAACUCUCAUUACAACGGGGGGCCGCAAGGCACCGCACUGCACGCGGGGGAGCAGCGCGGCAUAAAGCCAGAAAGAGCAGCAGCAGCAGCUGCUGCGCCAGCACCAGCAGUACCAGCACCAGCACUUCUUGUUUCUGAACAGCAGCUGCAGCGAGGGGAAAAUGAAGGGAAGGCGCAACAGGACGAGGCAGCUGCAGCCGCAGCGACAGCAGUACAAGAGACAGCAACAGCAGCGACAACAUCCCCGGAGCCCAUAGCGGAAGAGACACCAGCACGCGCAUCUUUCCUUGCUGCUGCUUGCAGCAGCAACGCAUGCAUUAUCUUGAAGCCCCCGGACGCAACACCUGGAGGCGUUGCAAGGAGGCGCUUGAUUCAUGUUGGCCAUCCGUGGGUCUUUGAUUACGAGAUCGAAAAUAUCAAACAAUUCAACAAAACGCAAACGGGGGAACUCUUGCCCGUAUAUGAUAGCGACGAGGGAAUUGAGGUGUACAGGCAGAUCGGAUCGCCGCUGUCUUUGUUCUGGCCUGCAGGAACUUACCUUGGCUCGGGUUUGUUCAGCAGACAGGCGUCAGUGGCUAUUCGAAUGGUUACACGCAGCAGCAAAGCCAGCAGCAGCAGCAGCAGCAACAGGUGUGAUAGAGCCAGUGAUGCUCCCAAUGAAGGACCCCUUAGCAAACUUCUUUGCGAUCGAUUUCGUGCAGCAGUCUACUGUCGCCGCCUGCGCAGUGCUGGGAAGCCUCCACCUGCUGACAGCACCAGCACUGACAGCCGCAGCAGCAGCAGCAGUACGGAGUUGCCGGAUGUGUGGCGUGCGGUGGAUGGGGAGGCUGACGGACUCCCAGGAGUUGAAGUCGAUGUCUAUGGAUCGGCGGCAGUGCUCCGCCUGUCAUCUCAGUCGGUGAUGCAGCACAAAGAUUUGUUUAUUGAUUUAACAAAGGAGACAGUUGAUCCGAGUACUCUUUCUGUACAGACACUCAACUCGAAGAAGGAGAAGCUAGCGCAAGUCCGUUGUUAG